GCAUCCUGUCGCUGCCGGCUCUCAGUCUCGCCCAUUGCAUAUGGCGCUGCCGAUGAAACCGUAUUACACCGGGGAGUGAUUAGAUCUUAAAUCUUGACUCGAUAGUGAAGUUGGGAACAAAAUACAAGGGUUCAGAAGGAUUAGCAGAUCGCAAAGUGAAGGCACCGGUCCGGUUAUCUAGUCCCAGAGACACUGCCUAUGUGCCCGCCACUCACAAGCCACAGCCGUUAAGAAGAAAUAAAUAUGAGUCUGGAACGUCUGAGAAGGCGAGUUCGGCAGUACAUAGAGCAGCAACAGUACCAGAGUGCCUUGUUUUGGGCAGAUAAAGUUGCUUCGUUGUCUCACGAAGAACCUCAGGAUAUUUACUGGCUGGCACAAUGCCUGUACCUGACUGCACAGUAUCACAGGGCAUCUCAUGCUCUGAGGUCGCGUAAACUAGAUAAGGUAUAUGAGUCGUGCCGUUACCUCGCUGCUAGAUGUCAUUAUGCUGCCAAGGAGUAUCAGCAGGCUCUGGAUAUCCUUGAUAUGGAAGAUCCUAUUAACAAGAAGCUGUUUGACAAGAGCAUAAAAGAUGAGAAGAACCUCAAGGACACGCCGACUGGGGAUUGGCAGAUGUCACAAUCAUCGAUCAAGAGCUCCAUUUGCCUGCUGAGGGGAAAGAUCUAUGAUGCUUUGGAUAACAGGACCCUGGCAACCUACAGUUACAAAGAGGCCUUGAAGUUUGAUGUUUACUGCUUCGAAGCGUUUGACUUAUUAACAGCACACCACAUGCUAACUGCACAAGAAGAAAAAGAACUUUUAGAUUCUCUACCGCUUACUAAAAAAUGUUCAGAAGAUCAAGAAUUACUACGUUUUCUCUUUGAAAACAAGUUGAAAAAGUACAAUAAACCCAGUGAAACGGUAAUUCCAGAAUCAAUAGAUGGCCUUCAAGAAAACCUGGAUGUGGUUGUAUCUUUAGCAGAAAGACAUUACUACAAUUGUGACUUCAAGAUGUGUUAUAAACUGACUUCUGUAGUAAUGGAAAAAGAUCCCUUCCAUGCAAAUUGUUUACCUGUACAUAUAGGCACUCUAGUAGAACUGAAUAAAGCAAACGAGCUGUUCUAUCUUUCACAUAAAUUGGUGGAUUUGUAUCCCAACAACCCUGUAUCCUGGUUUGCGGUAGGCUGUUACUAUCUCAUGGUUGGACAUAAAAAUGAACACGCCAGAAGAUAUCUCAGUAAAGCCACCACAUUGGAGAGAAGCUAUGGGCCAGCGUGGAUUGCAUAUGGCCAUUCUUUUGCAGUGGAGAGUGAACAUGACCAGGCUAUGGCUGCUUACUUCACCGCAGCACAACUAAUGAAAGGGUGCCAUUUGCCAAUGUUGUACAUUGGAUUAGAAUACGGGCUAACAAAUAACUCAAAGUUGGCGGAGAGGUUUUUUAGUCAGGCCUUGAGUAUUGCUCCAGAGGAUCCUUUUGUGAUGCAUGAAGUUGGUGUGGUUGCAUUUCAGAAUGGAGACUGGAAGACUGCAGAAAAGUGGUUCUUGGAUGCUUUAGAAAAAAUUAAAGCAAUUGGAAAUGAGGUAACCGUGGAUAAAUGGGAGCCUUUGCUAAACAACUUAGGCCAUGUAUGUAGAAAACUCAAAAAAUACGAGGAGGCCUUGGAAUAUCACCGUCAAGCCUUGGUGCUUAUCCCACAAAAUGCUUCAACAUAUUCAGCUAUUGGUUAUAUACAUAGCCUGAUGGGAAACUUUGAAAGUGCAAUUGACUAUUUUCAUACCGCUCUUGGCCUUAGGAGGGAUGAUACGUUUUCCGUCACAAUGCUCGGGCACUGCAUAGAAAUGUACAUUGGCGACUCUGAAGCAUAUAUUGGAACGGAGAUUAAAGAAAAACUGCAAUGCUAUGACUUUGAUGUCCACACAAUGAAAACCCUUAAAAACAUAAUUUCACCUCCCUGGGAGGACAAGGAGUUUGAUUUUGAGCGCCAGUCCCUUGACGAAAGUGGCAUCAUGGCCUUGGAGACUUCUCAACUUCUGCCUAAAUCUUCAGAUACCAGGUCUCCUAUAGAAGAGGCCCUCGAAAUUGAGAUGAACGAGAGCGAUAUGAUGCUGGAAACCUCUAUGUCUGACCACAGUACAUGAAGCUAGAAGAACAUGAGAGGUUACGUUGGACUCUGCAGAAUCCUGUCUGGAAUCAGACAUAUGUAAAACAGACUGGGAGUAUGACUCUCUACUGCCAAAGUAGUAUAAUGCUGGCCUCUUGAGUAGACAAAAGGGGAGGGCAUGUCAAUCUCUUGUGAGAUUUUUUUCGUUUUUACAGAUAACAGAACAAAUGAAUGAACUUCACCCAUUACACUUUUUUUUUAAAAUAAAAAAAAAUAUUUUUAGUAUGUCUUUGAAUAGAUAUUACAAUUGUAAUAAAGUCAUGCAAAAUAAAUAACACGUAAAAGAACAAAAAUGCAUGUGAAUAAAUACAUGUUAGUGUAUUGAUGUCAGUGACAAACUAUAGAGCUGAUAAUGUGAAUAUUAUUGGGAUUUCUGACCAUACAAGUUGCACCGGUUUUGUUCAUCGUCCACAAUAAAGAGGAAAACGAGCAAAAUAGAA